UCAAUCUAGGCGUGUUUCCUGCUCCCAUUCACAAUCCUGCUUUCCGCCUGGCGCAGAAAAUUCCGCGAGUACUGAUCAAUCAGUAAUUUAUCAUCAUUAUCACAAAUUUCAUUUUAGCGUUUCUGGAGCCUGGUCCACUUUCCAAGGGAGGAAAAAAAGAUCUCAGUGAGUGUAAAUGUAUCCACAGUAUGUGGACGGGAUGAUGCAUGUUUACUGCGCUAAUAAAUGACAUGACAUGAAUGUCAGUCGGUCAAGGUCCAGUCUCCAGCUGUGCCUGAAGGAUCUGUUUCAUUUCUUUCAGUAUUGUUAUUAAACGAGAUUUUCGGACUCCUUGGAGCACUGGCAUGGGAAAUGCGUGUCGCUGGAAGAGGACUGUGUUAGAUUUCCCUAAACAUUUCACACUACCAACUGAGGAUUCAAAGCCAGGCAGGGAUCCACAGCGUACAGCCUGAUCGCCGCAUGUCCUACAACCCUGAGGAGCAACUGCUCGGAUGACCGAAAGCCUCCUGAACAUGUGAAUCCACGAACAUGUUGGGUUUGUGAGAAAGAAAAUGCAAAAAAGCUCCCAAAUUGAGACUUGAAGUGUUGAAGGCUGUCAUCGUUUGCUUUGUUUUUACAAGCCACUGAUUCAUAUCGCAACCCGCAGUGAUUAUUGAGAAAGACAAGACAGCACAGGACCUUUAAAUCAUUGCUCUGAAAUACUAGUUAUAAUAAAUAAAUACAAAAUCUAUCACCAUGUCGGCCGUCAUGAUUUCGAAAAAGAUGACCCGAAAAUGGGAAAAGCUGCCAGGAAAGAACACUUUCUGCUGCGAUGGCCGUGUGAUGAUGGCAAGACAGAAAGGAGUGUUUUACCUCACCCUCUUUCUCAUCAUCGGGACCUGCUCUCUCUUCUUCGCAUUCGAGUGCCCGUACCUGGCUGUCCACCUUUCUGCAGCUAUCCCUGUCUUUGCUGUGGUUCUGUUCCUCUUUGUCAUGGCUAUGCUGUUGAGGACCAGCUUCAGUGACCCUGGUGUGCUUCCCCGCGCCCUACCUGAGGAAGCCAACUUCAUUGAGAUGGAGAUUGAGGCAGCUAAUGGCAAUGUACCGGCUGGACAGCGUCCUCCUCCCCGCAUCAGGAACGUGCAGAUCAACAACCAGAUUGUCAAGCUAAAGUACUGCUAUACCUGCAAGAUCUUCCGCCCUCCUCGUGCUUCCCACUGUAGCAUCUGCGACAACUGUGUGGAUCGCUUUGACCAUCAUUGCCCAUGGGUUGGAAACUGUGUCGGGAAGAGGAAUUACCGCUACUUCUAUCUAUUUACACUCUCUCUCUCCCUCCUUACCAUCUACAUCUUCACCUUCGACAUCGUCCAUGUAGUACUACGAUCAGUGGACUCCGGAUUUGUGAACACUCUUAAAGAAACCCCUGGGACUGUGGUGGAGGUGCUGGUCUGCUUCUUUACACUCUGGUCAGUUGUGGGACUGACUGGGUUCCAUACAUACCUGAUCUCCCUCAAUCAGACCACAAAUGAAGAUAUUAAAGGAUCGUGGUCAGGGAAGAACCGUAUCCAGAACCCAUACAGUCACAAGAACAUUAUAAAGAACUGCUGUGAGGUCCUCUGUGGCCCAACUUACCCUAGUGUGUUGGACAGACGAGGGGUGAUGCCUGUAGAACCUUCUGUCUCUACUUCUUCUGGUGCUUCUGAUGUCACUGCCACCACAAACACUCCUGCCUUGCCUAACACAAAAACUACAGCUCCUCUGAUUCCUAAUGAACACACUCCAGAUGAGGCCAAGCUCGGAAUUGGGAAUUACCAAAAAAACACAGCCAGCACCCCGAAAGAAGAGAAACCAUCUAGCCCAAGAGACUUAUCCCCUAAAGUUGGCCCUACCCCCAUCGUUGUCAAGGAAUCAGCCCAUUAGAUCGCUGCUGCAAAUCUCUGUUUCAUUAAUAAAGGUGCAUAUUUGAACGAUCUGAAUGGCAGGCUCUGAGAGAGACUCUGAUUAUCAGAGCAGCAUCUAUUCCUCACUGUCCAUGUUCAGGUGAAGGUCAUAUGAACUUUGGAUGCUUUGCUGCCGAAGGUCUGGUGAUAUCACAGGACUCUCACUCUUUCUCUGAAACGCUGCAUGGCAGAACCAUACAACAGACAAAAAAAAUCAAAUGGAUUGUUUUGCUGAUCGUCUACUUGCAAUGCUUUCCUUCAAGCAGCAUUUCUCAAUGGCCAUUUUUCAUGAAUGAACGUUUCAUUUGAUCUAAUGCAUAACAUCUGUAGAACUGGGUGCAGUGGUUGGUGAAACAGGUCCUAUGCAACGCAAACAUUUGGAGGAGUGUUUAUUUGAAAGAGAGACAAAAAGCAGUGUACUACAUUCAAUCUGCAUACAAACAGGUGAAUUUAUGUCCCAGCAGCAGAGAGGGGCCAACUGGAUGCCAUUUUCAAACACCCAUGAUUGUCAUUUGCAUUAUUUUAAACUUUAAAUGUCUUUGUUUUCUUAAAUAUCAUUCACCAAAGUGUGGCGCUUUACAGAAAAACUCUUAUCAACACAAACAGUGUAGAAAUUGUUUUUGAUUAAUCUGUGAUAAAGGACACACUAACACA